CGAAUAAACACAGCAGCUAAUAUAUACGACUAUCGUCGACCAAAAUCUCUAGUUCCUAAUAUCAACAACAGCUCAAGAGUCUUGAGUUAUACAAUAGUUCGCCAACAUACAUACAUACAUACAUAAUAUUAUAUAUAUACACGAUGGCUACAGCCAUAUACACGAACCAGCCUGGUGCUCAGUACGGAUAUCCACAACCGCCCCCUUCGCCUCCAAUGGACGAAACCUCGAAAUGCUCUCUUCCCUCGAUCUCCAACUUAUUAGUAAUGGCAGACGGUGGAUCGCCAACGACUGAGCAGUCGCCUCAGUCUCAGCAAGCACCAUCGGUGAAGGUAGAGACUCGACCGAAUUCGGCUCACUGUGCGAGCAGCGCUCCUCGAGCCGCUUUACCUCCUACCCCCCCUAUGAGUUCAGAUGCGUCCUUUGAUGGCUACAACUCACCGUCGACGAGAUCAGUUUCUGUUGUAUCGGGACCAAACUACUAUUACGAGACGACCCCACCGCUAGAGGAUGUUCACCGCCAUCAGAUGGCGGCCGCGGUGGCACCUCGUAUGUCCAUGCAAGCUCCGGCAUAUUCGCAACCCGCUUUUACUGCGCCAUACUUGGGUCAGACGCCAGUACCAGCCUACUAUCCCGCCACUCUCCCAGGAGUUCACGCAGCUCAACCGCAGAUCUCGGGGCUCUACUACCAGAGGCCAUUGCCACAGGCGUUUCCUCCCCUACCAGUAACGGUGUCUCUAGCGCCAACUCAGGGGGCCAACCCGUGGCAACACCAUCACUACAUUUCGCCAUCCUCGGCGGCGUCUUUCCCGCAGUCACAGGACCGUUACAUCUGCCAGACCUGCAACAAGGCGUUUUCGAGACCAAGCUCGCUACGAAUUCAUAGCCACUCGCACACCGGCGAGAAGCCCUUCAAGUGCCCUCACGCGGGCUGCGGGAAGGCGUUUAGCGUACGAAGCAAUAUGAAAAGGCACGAGCGCGGAUGUCACGACAACGGCAACUCUCACCACUAAAGCACCAACCCAGUCUCGACAUAAACGUUCGACGUUGUUAUUAUUUAUUGUUUUAUUCCUAAUGUGGACUUAAGUCUUGUGCGGCUAUCCGAAGAGGAGGUUGGAAGGACCAGAAAGUCAGGGAUAUGAAG